CGUUCUACCAGCCUUUAGUGCUUAUUAUAGACACUGAAUUCGGCUUGAGUGUUAUUUCAUAUACCUAUACUAUCCUUAGUGAUAGAAACAGAGAAAAGAAGUAACAAUUUGAUGAACCAUGGCCAGCGAUCAACUAAAACCACGACAAGCGAAACUGCGCUCCAGCUGUGAUGCAUGCGGUGCAGCCAAGUUAAAAUGUGACCGGGGCCAGCCUGAAUGUGUUCGCUGCGUUUCAUACGGUAUUUCCUGUCACUAUGGACUGUCUCGGAAGAUGGGAAAACCGCGGCGAGAUCGAAUACCUCCGAGCUCGACAACACAGACAUCAACAUUGACAUCGACCGAGGUUGAUCUCACGGAAAUCAUGCCCUUCCCAGGCGUUCCUGCAUCUUGGGAUGCGCUAGGCGAUGGGGAAGGCAAUAAUGAUAACUUAAUGGGUAGCCUGGAUGCAUUCGACCAACUAUGUCCUUCGCUAUUAUCGUCGAGUUCGUCUCAUGACCUACCUCCCCACGGUCUGCAGUUUGGGUCUAUAUCGACGCCUGUAUACUCACCUCAUUUGACGAGUUACUGCAUGCCACCUGCAGUGUCGAACGACCAGCAAUGCCAGAAUAACAAGGAUCUACCAAUUCACAACUGUGCCCGAGAUGUAAACACCACCCUAGAAAAUUUGCCUAUGCUGAGCCUCCCCCAAACCCAUCAUUCUCGGUCCGGGUCACCAUCAAUCUCGUCUACAGAUAUCGCCAUUGGAGCACCAUUCGACCACGUCUUACGUGCGAACCGCCAGGUUAUCGAGCGACUCUCCCAUUUGCUGACGUGCCCCUGUGCGGCAGGCCCGAGUCUAGCAUUACUCUAUGCAUCUGGAAUCUCCCGCAUCCUAACCUGGUACCAACAAGCAGCCUGCACACAAGGUGGUUCUGUAGCGGGUUUAUCAUCUACGUCUGAUUGUGGGGGUAUUACACCGGGGUCAACACCAUCAACGAGUGAAUUUCCAUUUGCGCCGACUACAAUGGCGGUUGGAACGUUCAACGUGGAUGAUUUACGAGUACAAAGUGCGUUGAGGAUGCAGUUGUUACUAGGGGAGAUGAGAAGAGCAGGCGGGUUAAUUGAGCUGUUUAUCAACUCGCAUACUGACAGCGGGCGGCAAUGCCAGGAUGAGUUCAUCGCGGUAGAUAGGCUGUAUCAAAGUCUAGAUUCGUGGCUAAGGAAUGAACAUUCCCGAAUAGCCAGUAUGAUGAGGGGAAGAUUGAGGGAGUUAAACAUGCUAGACUAAACUGACUGUAAUGAUAGCAUGACAAGAAUAGAUAUGAGACUCAAUCAUUGAACCAUUCCAUUAACAUCCACUGGUACCCCCCGUAAUUCAUACCCCUCCUGUCUUGCAAUCUGCCAUUGUUUCUUAAUUACUUCCAACUUCUCCGGACUCCAUGGAAUGAAUCUAGCAACAAAAGGCUUGGGAAUGGUAAACCCAGCAUCCAGAUAAGCAUCCUCGCCUAGAUCCAUCUCAACCUCCACACCAUCCACGAGGGGUGGUCGAAUCUCAAACGCCCACAUAAUUCCAGCGAGAGCAAUGUCAAGAGAGUUCUCCGCCAGUCGUGCACCAGGACACGUGCG